UGCAAGGAAGCCUAUGUUACCUACAACAACUACAAGCAUUUCAAGGAAGUCUCUGCCAGUUCCUUUAGGCACAGGUUUAAGGGUUUCUUUAGGUGAUCAGAAGAAUAGUUCAAAUGGACGUCAAUCAGUUGCUACAAAGGAUAGGUUUGCAAAGAAGCCUAUGUUGCCAACAACAAGCAUUUCAAGGAAGUCGCUGCCAGUUCCAAGGAGGGUAAACAGGGUUGAGAGUAAUAACACAAAGGAAAAUGCUGGAAGUUCUGAAAGAGCUAAUGGCCAAACUGGUCUUCCAAGUAAGCUGACAACAGACAGAAGAGUUAGUUCCCAACUAAUUAAUACAAGGAGCCAUCUAUUGAAGACUCGAGUUAGUGAUGGCUUUAUUCAAAUGGUUACAAGUAAUGCUUACCAAGCAUCCUCAAGGAAGUCCGCCAAGCCUAUUGUUAAGACCACACUCAAGGCUUCUACAUCUCAGAGGACUCUAAAAUCUAAAUCCAUAUCAGGCGAGAACAUAUCAAAACCAACCACCGCAAUAGCAUCUAAGGAUGAGGCAAAAGUUUCUUCAUCUCUUCCCGAGAAUAGUUCCGUGGUUGUUUCCGAUGACGCAAAUCAAACCCAUCUUCCAUCUGAAGGGGAGAGCAGUCUGAAAACAGAUUUAUCAGAGUUGAUUCCAAGAAAAAGAUCCAGCCGUCGGAAAUCUUAUACAACUUCAUUAAUGGAAAAAUCUAAGAUUCUCAAGGAAAAUGGUGAAGUUAGGGCGCAGGAUAACCUACCAAAUAUAGAUGAUGAAUGUAAUCAUCUAGAAGUUUCUGAAUACAUUGAUGAUAUAUAUCAGUACUAUUGGGAUACCGAGGCACAUAGUCAAGCUCUAUCAAAUUACAUGUCAAUUCAGACAGAGAUUACUCCUCACAUGCGGGGAGUAUUAGUCAACUGGCUAAUUGAGGUACACUUCAAAUAUGAUUUGAUGCCUGAGACCCUAUAUCUGACAGUGACACUGUUGGAUCAAUAUCUUUCCCAAGUGAACAUAAAAACAAGUGAUAUGCAGUUAGUUGGUCUUACAGCACUUUUGCUGGCUUCAAAGUAUGAGGACUUUUGGCACCCAAGGGUAAAAGAUUUGAUUAGCAUCUCAGCCGAGUCGUAUACUAGAGAUCAGAUGCUUGGAAUGGAAAAGCUUAUUCUUAGAAAAUUGAAGUUCCGUCUUAAUGCUCCCACUCCUUACGUUUUUAUGGUUAGGUUUCUCAAGGCUGCACAAUCAGAUAUGAAGCUUGAACACAUGUCAUUCUUUCUCAUUGACCUAUGCUUAGUUGAAUAUGAAGCUUUAGCGUUCAAGCCUUCAUUACUAUGUGCAUCAGCUCUCUAUGUUGCACGUUGUACCUUGAAAGUAACCCCAACAUGGACACCACUACUUCAGAAGCAUGCGCGCUACGAAGUUUCACAGAUCAGGGAUUGUGCGGAUAUGAUAUUGAAAUUCCAUAAAGCUGCUGGGAAGGGAAAGUUAAAGGUCGCUUAUGAAAAAUAUUUCAGAAAGGAACUCAGUGGGGUCGCUGCAGUGAAGCCGUUGGAUAGACUUCCCCAUUGAUUUGACUUGUGCUGGAGAGUCAUACCUUUGUAGUAUAAUGCGACAUUCUUCUCAAAUCUUUGAAUGUAGUAUCCUCUUCAUUUUUUUGUUCUUUAGCCAGAAAUUCUGGGGUUAUUAACCCUUGAGUCUGUCUAACAACAUUUGUGAUGGCAUAUAAUUGUGCAUCCAGAAAGAUCCUUUUAUCAGGUUGGAUUCUUACAACCUUAGUUACAGCUAUAAAAAGUUUGGUUUUAUCAAAA